CGCAUCCUGCCCAUGUCGUCGUCUUCCGCGCCGCUGCCCGACCGCGUGAGCUACGUGGAGGCGCACCGCCUCUUCAUGGCGCUGGAGAACCCGAGCGCAGCCGUGUCGGAGCCCCACUCGCAGGCCUUCCAGGACGAGCUGACGCGCGCUCUGCGCUACAUGAAGCAGUGCGUGGCGCAGCGGCAGCUGGACGGCGUGCUGUCGGCCAACGAGCGCUUCUUCGAGCUGCAGAACACGCAGCUGUACGCCUUCUGCCUCGAGUACUACCUGGGCAUGCUCACGCCCAAGCAGAGCUUCUUCCAGCAGACGCAGGAGCAACGUAAGGAGCCGGAAGGGCAACGCAAGGGCCCCUCGGACCACACGCGCAACGUCGUGUACCGCAUCAAGUUCCUGCGCGAGGCCGACGUGUUCCUCACCGAGUUCCUGGACCGCGCCGAGCGCGGCGGCAUCCUGACGGAGCAGAAGCGCCGCGAGCAGUACGAGCGCGUGGAGAGCAAGCAGUUCUCGCUCUCGAGGGACGAGAAGGUGCAGCGCUUCCAGAUGCAGCGCGAGAUGAAGAAGAAGCUGCACGAGGUGCAGAAGCGCCGCGAGGAGCGCGGCGACACUCACGUGGGUGGCGCCAAGAACGAGGACGCGGACGAGCUGGACGAGGACGAGGACGACAUGGAGGACCUCGAGCGCGAGCAGCUCAUGACCUUCAUCCAGCUGUCCGUGCUCAAGUGCAUGGAGGAGCAGGCCUCCAUUAACCAGGAGAAGGACAUGCUGGAGACCAUGCUCAAGAUGAACGCGGCCAGCGAGAAGCAGGACCUCUUCUCCGAGGCGCACCGGCCGCCCCCACCGCCCCAGGGACAGGGAAUUGAGGUGACGCGGAUCAACCCGCAGAUGGAGAUGCGGCGCGAGACGAUCCGCUCGGGUGUGUUCAAACCUGGCCACCGGCUGCCGACCAUGACGCUGGAGGAGUACGCGGACCGGGAGCUUGCAGACGCCCAGGAGCGUCAGAAGAGAGAGCAGUACGCUGCGCCGCAGGGACCGCGUCGGUACGAGCAGCUGGUGGAGGACGGCGACGAGGACGACGCAGCAUUAGUGGAGGAAGCAACCUACAAGGACCGCGCUUGGGACGACUGGAAGGAUGCGAACGAGAAGGGCAUCGGCAACAAGAAGGGAUCGCAAUUUUAG